AUGAUAGAGUAUUACAAACUGCCGGACGUGACCGCCACCAAUGCGGAAAUCAAAAAGGCGUACAAAAAACUAGCGCUACGAUGGCACCCAGAUAAAAAUCCAAACAAUCCAGCAGAAUCAAAUCGGCGGUUUAAGGAGAUCUCCGAAGCAUAUGAAGCGCUAUCAGAUGAGAAAAAACGUCACAUCUAUGACCAGUCCGCUCCAGUUGCAGCUGUUUCGUCCCGUCCGGUACCGAGUCAACCGAUGGUCCAGCCUGCGACGCGCUCGGCUGUUGCUACGUCAAUGGCAGCCACCAGCCAGGGACUUGGAUUAAAGUCUAAAAUAUCAGGUACGCCAGGUGGUGUUGCUGCAAUCGGUUUGCCGUCGGACAUUCCUCUAACCAGAAUAUUCAGCGGUUCCGAUUCGAAGAAGGCAGUCACAGAAGCACAGAGUGCUUUGGUUCAGCAAUACGCUCCGGCAGGACGAUGCUCGUGGAAGAUCACGCAGUCCUGUGCACAAGAACAGCCCGAUUUGACCCUGUGCGAAGGUUUCAACGAGUCGCUCAGGUAUUAG